AUUUUAAGUUUUAAUUCUAUCAAAACCCCAAAAUCUUAAAAUGUUUGAAAAUCAGAAUCAAUGUUUAUAUGUUGAGAAUGAAACGAAGAUGAAACCAUGGCCCCCGCCGGCCGCCGCGAAUAGAAAAGCCAUCCGUCUCUUCUCUCUUCGCGUGUCUGCGCCCUCCGUCUUCUGUCGUUUCCUCUCAGUAGCAUUUCUUGCAGAAAAACUGUGGAUUCUGAUAACUACAAGGACAAAGAACAUCAUUGUUUUCUGGUUAUAAUGCUCUAUCUAUCCGCAGUCAUUCUACACGAUGUUUCGUUCAUUGUUUGCUACUGCAAGAAAUUGGGGUUUCUUUCAUGGUUGUCAACAAGGAUACAUUUACCAACAAAAAUUUAAUCUUGUGAACAUAAAGUUGAAAUGGGUCAAAGAUAGGACAAUGGAUACUGUUGUUUCAGGUCAGAGGGAUCUUAAGGCAGCUGGAAUCCUUGUUUCGAUCAUUUAUUCUUCUCCGGAGCGCUGCCUUCCUAUAUACUGUCUUGCUCGUCAUCGCGGACAACUUGGACUCCCCGAUGACCUUAAGCUCGCCACCUUUAUCAGAAGAUAUCCUAAUGUUUUUGUUGAGUCCUUUUUUCUUGAUAGUGGUGGCUCUCCUGUUCCGUGUUUUAGCUUGAGUCACGAUGCGUUGAAGCUCCAUCACGAAGAAGUUAAUAUACUUCAGCAAAAUUCAUUUGAAUUUAGGGAUAGGUUAUGCAGAUUGCUUAUGCUUACAAGAGAUUGGAUACUUCCAUUACAAACCAUUGAUCAGUUGAAAUGGGACUUGGGUUUACCGUAUGAUUACCAGCAUUCUUUUGUUGUGAAUUAUCCUGAAAGAUUCUCUUUGUUUCGCCUCCCUGACGACCGUGUUGGCUUGAAAAUGUUAUUUUGGGAUCACAAACUUGCCAUCUCAGAGUUAGAGAAGAAUGCUUAUUUACAACAACAGAAAGAAGACAUAAAAAAUGGAACCUUAGCAUUUCCAGUUAGUUUUACAAGGGGUUUUGGUAUGAAAAGGAAAUCCAUGGAGUGGUUGAAAGAGUGGCAGAAACUCCCUUAUACUUCGCCUUAUACCGAUGCUUCUCAUUUGGAUAUUCGCACUGAUGUAUCUGAGAAGAGGAUAGUUGGAGUCUUUCACGAGCUUCUUCACCUUACACUUCAUAAGCAAACCGAGCGUAAGAAUGUUAGCAACUUACGCAAACCCUUGGCCUUACCACAGAAGUUCACUAAAGCGUUUGAGCGUCAUCCUGGUAUUUUCUACAUUUCCAAGAAGAAUGACAUUCAAACGGUUGUUCUUAGGGAGGCCUACAAUGGCCGAGAACUUGUGCAAAAACAUCCCCUUGUGAAAAUUAGAGAGGAAUUUGCAAGUCUACUGAAGAAUGGAAUACUUGACCGGAGUAGGGGUGUAUACAAGAAAAGUGCAGAUGCAAAUUUGGUUGAAGAAGUGAGAAAAGAAGUUUGCAUCGCCGAAAAAAGUAACCAGUUUAAUUCUAAGGAUGAAUAUGAUUCGAUGUAAUUCUGAGUAUGGUUCAGAUGGCUCUAGGCAUAACCCUUGCUAAAUGUUAAUAUAUGUUAAGGUUGCUUUUCUCUUUGCCAUAAUGUUAAUGUGGUUUGGCUUGGUGAGAUUUUUGAAAUGCCUUGAUGGGAUGCUUUAAUCGCGCUGUUCACCAACUUCUUCCACUUGUGAAGACUUAUCAAUAAACCGAAUGUGUCAGCAGUACUAUGAUAUUGGUAAGGGAGGGAAUUUCGUGACAAUAUUGGAAUGUAAUAUUAUGGAAUAAGGGUGCCUGCUCAAUCUGGUUAGAGGAUUAGUUGAGAUGGACAAACUGGUAUAGCUACAGCUACAACUGAAUUCCAGUGCAACAAAUUUUGUUCUAAGAUGUAUCAAAUUAUUUAUUCUUUUUAGAAAUUGAAAUUUUGAUUCCAAAUAAUCAGAUUGCAUAUACUUGUAGAGCAUAUUACUUUUGCAAGCUGAUAUAUUUUUUCAGGGAUUUAUGAGAGGAGGUUUUUUGACAUUA